AUGCCCCUUGAACUCCACCCCCUCCGCCCUGCAGACGCACUGUCCUAUAUCCGCAUUCGUGCCCUGGCAUAUUACGGUCCAACUCAUGAUGUCCUACACAAAGGUCCCAUCAGCGAGGCAUCCAUUUUCGGCGUAGCUGAAGAUCGUAAACGUGAUAUCGGUGCACCUAACGUCUGGCACUGGAAGAUCGUCGACACCGACCUACCACCGAGCAAAGACGACCCUGAAGACAAUGGUGGUCGAACUAUCGCAAUUGCGGUGUGGAAGAUGAUGAACGUUGACGGCAAAGACGAGAGGAAGAAAGAAGGGGGAGAGCUCGUUGAGCAUGCUUCCAUUCCUGUGGAGGUCGAAGUGAAGACAGAUAGCCCUCUUGGCCCACGUUUUCCGUCUUUCCUUCCCCCGGAACUCCGUCUUGAUGCGCUGGCCUCUCUUUUCGACCCCUUAGAUGCUUCUCGCGGCGAGAUCAUGGGGACGGAAAACACGUUCUUCAUGUUGAAUAGCUUUGCAACUCACCCCGAUCACCAGGGUCGAGGUGCUGGCAGCUUGUUGUUAGACUGGGGAACGGGAAAGGCGGACAAUGAGGGAUUGGUCACGUAUCUAGAUGCUACGCAGGUUGCGAGGCCAGUUUAUGAGAAGAGGGGAUUCGAGGUUAGAAGAGCGGUGGAGUGGGACAGGACGAAGUGGGGUGGUGAAGGGAAGGAUGUGCACUUUUGUAUGGUUCGGCAGCCCAAAAGUGCAUAG